AUGUCGCAAACCCAUGCACUUUCCGACGACCAGGUCGCGGGCGAGCUCCGCAAAAUGACCGCCUUCAUCCGCCAAGAAGCGCUCGAAAAGGCCCGCGAGAUCCAACUGAAAGCCGACGAGGAGUUCGCGAUCGAGAAAUCCAAGCUCGUCCGCCAGGAGACCGCCGCCAUCGACACCCUGUACGAGAAGAAGUUCAAGCAGGCCGCCAUGUCCCAGCAGAUCACGCGCUCCACGCUCGCCAACAAGACCCGGUUGCGUGUCCUCUCCGCCCGCCAGGAACUGUUGGACGAGCUGUUCCAGCAGGCGCGGGAGAAGAUCUCCGGCGUCGCGGCCCAGGAUGCUGCUAAGUAUCAGACCGUGCUGAAGGGGUUGAUUCUCGAGGGCCUGUACUCGCUGAAUGAGGAGACGGUGGGCGUGGAGGCGCGCAAGAAGGACUUCGAUGCGGUUAAGAAGGCAAUUGAGGAGGCGGAGAAGGAGUUCAAGGAGGUCGUUGGUAAGGAGGUGAAGGUUGAGUUGGAUGAGGAGGAGCCGUUGCCCGAGGGAUUGGCCGGCGGUGUCGUCAUCCUGGGUUGUCAGGGUAAAAUCGAGAUCAACAACACCUUUGAGGAACGUCUGCGGCUGCUCGAGAUCGAAGCUCUCCCCGCCGUCAGGGAGACGCUAUUUGGCAAGAACGUCAACCGGAGAUUCUACGAUUAA